CGUAGCGAGCGAGAUCUCAAACUCAGUUUUUACUUAACAUAAUUUGACGUUAGUGAGCCGGUAAACAUUGCUUUAAAAUCAUGUCGGAAGAAUUAGUGGUAACAACCGAAAUUGGCAAGCUUCGGGGCAAAGCCCUGAAGGAUUACCACGGUGAUAAAUUUUAUAGUUUUAGUGGAGUACCCUACGCCAAGCCACCGAUAGGCGAACUUAGAUUUAAGGCUCCUGAACCAGUGGAAUCAUGGGAAGGAGUAAAAGAUUGUACCAAAGAAGGAUGGGAAUGUCCCUCGUUAGAUAUAUACUUCAAACACCACAUUGGCAACGAAGACAAUUGCCUUAAUAUGAAUAUAUACACCAAAGAGCUUCCAAGUCACAACCCGAACAUGAAAAAGAAACCUGUUAUGGUGUUCAUCCAUGGUGGAGGUUUCAUGUAUGGUUCCAAUAAAAGCAUGCACGUUGGUCCAGAUUAUUUAAUGACUGGAGAUGUUGUAUUAGUGUGUAUCAACUAUAGAUUGGGGGUUUUGGGUUUCUUAAGUCUAGAGGACCAAUCUUUAGGUGUGCCGGGAAAUGCAGGCUUAAAAGAUCAGACAAUGGCACUAAAAUGGAUACAAAAACAUAUUGCUAACUUUGGUGGUGAUCCAAACAACGUAACAAUAUUUGGAGAAAGUGCUGGUAGCGCCUCAGUUCAUUUGUUGCUUGUUUCUCCACUUACGAAAGGCCUCUUCCAUAAAGCGAUUAUGCAAAGCGGAUGUGCUUUCAAUCCUUGGGCUAAGGGAACAAGAAACUUCGCUGCAAUUACCAAAGCUAUGGGUUAUAAAGAUGUAGAUGAGAAAACUUUGUUCCAAAAACUUUGUAGAGCCAGUACAAGGAGCUUAGUAACAGCACAGUUUAAGAUAGAAGAUUCAUUCUUCGCCAGUAUUGUUCGCCCUUUCAUCCCCGUUAUAGAAUACCCCCACGAAGGAGCCUUCUUAACAGAAGACCCAGAAGAAAUAAUGAAAGCUGGCCGACAUCAUCAUGUCCCUGUCAUAAUCGGUUACAAUUCCAUGGAGGGUUUAAUGUACGAAAUAAUUAGAAAAACGAGGACAGAUGCAGACCUUCCUGAGACUCUUGAAAGGGACAUUCCUUUUGACCUUAACAUUCCAGAGAAAACAGAAAGAGCGAAAGAAGUUGCAUUAAAAAUGCAAAAGUUUUACUACCAAGAUAAAGAUCUUUCUGAGAAGAACAUAAACAAUAGAUACAGGAUGGUAAGCGAUGUGCAUUUCCUCUACGGCAUCCAGAAAACCAUCACCUUACUUCAGCGCCACAGCAAAGCUCCAGUAUACGUUUACAGAAUGAGCAUCAUCAGUAACUUAAACUUCUUCAAAAAAUUCUGCGAAGUAAAAUAUUUGAAAACAAUGCUUGCUCUUUCGUUGCUUACAAAACUAUCAGGAGGAUCCAGUAUGAAGAACGUCUUCCAAAACCUAAGAGAAAAACUUCCUAUUAGGCAAAUAGAGGGCGUCUCUCACGCUGACGAUAUCUUCUACCUAUUCAGCACUUUCCUAGCGCCUACCAUUACUAAGGGAAGCGCGGAUGAUAGAAACAUACAAAAAUUCGUGAAGCCUUGGACAACUUUCGCCAAAUGCGGUAACCCUACACCAGAACCAACGGAACUGCUCGAUAAUGUAUUGUGGAGUCCUGUUAAAGACGAGAGUAUUUCCAAUAUUUUUGAUAUUAAUGAUAAAGUCAGUAUUACUGGUAAUAUUGAAGGAGAAAGGGUACAAUUCUGGAGAGAUCUAUAUGCGGAAUGUUGUGGUACAGCCUAAAAAUUUCUUGUCGAAAGUUUUAGUUGAUAAUGCAAAAAUGUGAUUUAUAUAGGUAGGAAUAGAUUGAUACGAUAUUUGAUUGGCGUGUUUGUAGUUUAUUGUUCAAACAUCACAUAACUAUGCGAUGUUUUUAGGUGUAUCAAAAUCAAUAUUUUACAUUUACCAUCCUGAAAAAUAUGAAUCCAUUUACAUAAAACGAUUUAAAGGCAGUAUUAAAAGCUAAUGCCUUGUUUUUCAUUUUUGAUAGUCAAUGCAUGCAGUAUAUUUUAUUUCUUGUAGAAAUCUGUUCAAUUAUUUAUUUUAAUGCAUCUCUUUUAUACUAGAACUGGUUUGGUUAGUCUAAUCGGUAUUCGUCCUUAGUUUCAAAUGUAGAGUGCAUAAUUCUUCUGACCUAAAUACAUGUACUUGUACACUCGACAAGUACUUUAAGUUGUUCUUUAUAUGUAAAGUAUAUUGGAACAUUGAAAGCAUGUAUUGAAUACGAAAUGAUACAUCAUUGUUGUAUCCUAAAACAGAUGAGUGUAACUUAAGCAAUUUUUUGUCAAAAUGUGAUAUGUUUUUGCUGAGUUGUUUGUAAGCUACAAGAGAUUAUUACUUGUAUUUGAAAUAUUAAAGAUCGUCUAUUGUCUAUAUGUAGUAUCGUAGAUAAUAUUGAAAGUAUUAAUAGAUAGGUCAAAUGUAUUUUAAAUAGUUUUAAGAUUUGUAAAAUUAAGUUAUACAUAUUUAUGUUAUUUAUUUCAUUAAAACAACAUUUUUAAUAAAAUAAAAGUAAAUUCUAA